ACCCCGGAAGCAGAGCGUCGGAGGGAGCUUACCGCGGGUCACGCAUGUCCGGGAGCCGAGCCUGCGGCAGUUUCUUCAGGCUGGCGGGCGAGUGGGGAAGCUUCUCAGGCAGGGCAGCCACAUCUGAGGACCAGAGCCAUGCUGAGGAGCCAGAGCCUGUGACCUUCUCCAUCUCUAUCCGGCUGAGGCCAGCCACCAUCCUCAGCAGCUGACAUCACGAGAAAGAUUUGGGGACCUUGGGGAAGUACUCAAGGGAUCCUUUCCCUGAGAUGUGGAACAUCGGGGCAGAAUGCUGAGGGCCCUCCUAUCUGGCCUGGGGUGGAGGGGAGGCAUUUGGGGCUGCACCUUCAGCUCACAGCAACCCCAUCUGCCUCCGGCUCGGAUGUUGAGUGCCACAGAACUGGUCAGCCACUGGACAGUAGUAUUUGAGAAAAGGGGCAUCCCUGAGGCCCGGGAAUCCAGUGAGUACAUCGUGGCUCAUGUCCUUGGAGCCAAAACAUUUCAGAGCCUGAGGCCAGGACUUUGGACCCAGCCCCUGACCCCUUGGCAGUUACAGUAUGUCCAGGAGCUGAGUAGCUACCGAUUGCAAAGGAUGCCUGUGCAGUACAUCCUUGGUGAGUGGGACUUUCAGGGCCUCAGUCUGAAGAUGGCACCCCCAGUGUUUAUCCCUCGGCCAGAAACAGAGGAGCUGGUUGAAUGGGUGCUGGAGGAGGUGACCCAAGGGCCCCGUGUGGUGGGAGCUCAAGGUGGCCCACUCAUCCUGGAGGUGGGCUGUGGAUCAGGAGCCAUUUCCCUCAGCCUGCUGAGCAAGCUCCCCCAGAGCCGAGUCAUUGCUGUGGACAAGGGAGAAGCCGCCAUCUGCCUGGCCCAUGAGAAUGCUCAGAGGCUUCGGUUGCAGGACAGGAUUCGGAUCAUCCCCUUCGAUGUGACCUUAGAUGGGAGCUGGGCACAUCUUCUACCCUGGGGCCCUGUGGACCUGGUCGUCAGCAACCCUCCCUACGUCUUCCACCGGGACAUGGAGAAGCUGGCCCCUGAGAUCCUCAGCUAUGAAGAUCCACUAGCCCUGGACGGUGGGGAGGAGGGCAUGGACAUCAUUACCCACAUCCUGGCCCUGGCACCUCGGCUCCUGAAGGACUCUGGAAGCAUCUUCUUGGAAGUGGACCCAAGACACCCAGAGCUCGUCGGCAGCUGGCUUCAGAGCCAGCCUGACCUGUCCCUCAAUCUUGUGGCUGUGCGCAGGGACUUCUGUGGGAGGAGCUGGGAAGGCUCUGAGAUUUCACCUAACUCACAAGCUAACAAGUUGUCAUAUUCCCGAGGAUGUUGGCAGAAGACACAGAUUCCUGCUUGAGAAACAAAGGUCAGUUUACUUUCCACAGUAACAGUAGACAGAGUAUCAGCAUUUUCUUGUACCACUUCCCUGAACCCCAAUUCCUGCAGAGUGACCCAAUAAGGGCCAGAUGAUGCCUGUGCGUGCAGUGGGUUGACAGGAGAGGAACCCUGAGAUCAGGGAACCCAAAUCUUUUAUAAUAGACUAUAAACAAACCUGCCCACCCUUCACUCCAGAGGCAGAUAUUAUCUUUAUUAUACUGGACAAUAAAUCUGCCUUUUUCCCUGGAGGGAGAUGCUAUCUCUAUCUUCUAAGGCUGUUCACUGGAAUAAUCACCCUUGAAAGUAUUGUUUGGAACAAGGGCAGUCAGUGCCUCUACCAGCAAGUGUACAGAAAUGGGAGACAACCAGGAAAAAUUGCCUCCCUAUCCUCUACUGGUGCUUCUUGACAUGACCUCUGAAAUAAGCUGUUUGUGUUUGGAUCCUUGUCCCUGAGCCUGCCUCUGGGGGAAACCCUCCAAGACCGGGAAGAUGACACCAAAUGGGCAGUAAUGGAUUUCUGGUGUGGCUGUCAUUUCUCCAGACCUGUCCUGCAAGUAGUGCAGGGGAGCCACAUGAAGGAAGAAGUUUCCUUACCCAGAAUCGAUACUGUUGUGACUCUUAGGGAGGUGCUCUAAAAGACUCUUAGGGUGUCAUUUUUUCAUGUUUAAAUAUUUAGUCCAUCUAGAAUUAUUGAGAUUUCCCUGUGUGAGGUAGACAUUGGACUUCAUUUUUUUUCCCAAAUCAAUAUCAAUUAUUGGAUUGAUAUUGGAUCAAUAUCAUUUAUUGGAAAUUGUGCCUGCUCUGUCACCACUCUCUUCUAAGCUGCUUGGAGGCUGUUAUUUAGAAUGUAUCACAAGCACACAAAUGAUCAAUUCACAAUAAAUGGACUAAAGAACACAUGGGCAUCACCAUCACUGGGGAUUUGACACUCAGCGGUGGCACAAUGUGAGACAAACCCAACACCCACUCGUGAUGACACCAUUCAGACCCCAGGGAAAUGGAGGGAGGCUGUGAACCAGCCUUAGAGUUCACAGGGGAUUUGAACACGAAUUGGGAAGGUUUCUUUCUAUAAAAAUAUUUAACAGUUAAUAAAAAUUUCAAAAAGUUGAAUAAAAUUUUAGUUUAAAUCUUUUUGACUUAAAUUUUUAUAUCAGUUCAUUAUAACUUAUAGUUUGUAUUUUGCCUUUUAAUUUU